AUGUACGACCCGGCGCUAUUCCCCGACCGUAAGGCAUAUCGGAAACGCAUUGAGAAACUGCUUCAUUUCGCCACCUUGGUCAAGGCGAGCGUCGAUGACCUCGCAUGGCUCUACCCUGGCGAAAGCCAUGUCGAUACAGCAAUGCGGUGGCUUGACGCGGGGCCCUCGGUGGUCGUGGUGACGCUAGGCAGCAAUGGCGCAGUCGGCCUGACAUCCGAUGCUGUCGUGAACAGCCCCGGAGUUCGUGUAAAGGUAGCCGACACUGUGGGCGCGGGCGACGCGUUCAUGGCGGCGCUGCUGGCGCGACUGGACGACCGCGGACUGCUUCGCCAGGAUGCGCUGGAAACGCUGAGCGAGGAUACGCUGGCCGACUCACUGGCAUACGCCAAUCGGGCCGCUGCGCUUGCCUGCACACGACUGGGUGCGGAUCCGCCAACCAAGCGGGAACUCUGA